AUGGCGGCCAUAACUGCCAACACCAUCACAUCAACCAUGCCAGAACCACAUCAACAUAUCACACAAAAACUCGGCCUCCCUCCCAGCCCACCCGCCACCGAUAAGGACCCCGGCUCCCGGACAGAGAGCGUGACCGACUUCCAGAUAGGAGAAUCCGCACUCAUCACCACAGCAGACCACCACCACCGGUCAUACCCCCUCCCUCCCGAGUCCAGACCCAGCCAGCGCGUGCUCUCCGAGGACCUCAAGACACCAGACAAGCAUGUGCCGCGGGACCCACGCCUGCUGCGGCUCACGGGGGUGCACCCCUUCAACGUCGAGCCGCCGCUGACAGACCUCUGGAACGAGGGCUUCAUCACGACCAAGGACCUGCACUACGUGCGCAACCACGGCGCCGUGCCGCAGGUGCACGACGAGGACGUGCUGGACUGGGGCUUCACGGUCGAGGGCCUCGUGGAGAACCCGCUGGCGCUGACGCUGCGGGACCUCCUCGCCGACUUUGAGCAGGUCACGUACCCCAUCACCCUGGUGUGCGCGGGGAACCGCCGCAAGGAGCAGAACGUGGUGCGCAAGACAAAGGGCUUCUCCUGGGGCGCCGCGGGCGUGUCGACGGCGCUGUGGACGGGCGUGCCCCUGGACGUGCUCCUGGCGCGGGCGAGGCCCAUCGUCCGCGGGCGCGGGGGCAGGAGGGCACGCUACGUCUGCUUCGAGGGCGCCGACAAGCUGCCCAACGGCUACUACGGGACGAGCAUCAAGCUCAACUGGGCGGCGGACCCGAACCGCGGGAUCAUGGUGGCGCACGGGAUGAACGGCGAGACGCUGGCGCCGGACCACGGCAAGCCGCUGCGGAUCGUGAUCCCGGGCCAGAUCGGCGGGCGCAGCGUCAAGUGGCUCAAGAGGAUCAUCGUCACCGAGGCGCCGUCGGACAACUGGUACCACAUCUACGACAACAGGGUCCUCCCCACCACCGUCAGCCCCGACGAGAGCGCCAACCUGCCCGACGUGUGGAAGGACGAGCGCUACGCCAUCUACGACCUCAACACCAACAGCGCCGUGGCCCGCCCCGCCCACGACGAGCGGCUCGCCGUCGACGCCUCAGACGACGAGAACAAAACGUUCAGGUUCCAGGGGUACGCGUACGCGGGCGGCGGGCGCCGGGUCACACGCGUGGAGGUGACGCUCGACAGGGGCCGGACGUGGCGCCUCGCCGACGUCUCGUACCCGGAGGACGAGUACCGGGCCGCGCCCGAGGGCGAGACGCUGUUCGGGGGCCGGCUGGACGUCUCGUGGCGCGAGACGUGCUUCUGCUGGUGCUUCUGGUCGCUCGACAUCCCCGUCGCGGACCUCGUGCCCGCCGGGGGGCGCGACACGAGCGACGUCAUGGUGCGCGCCAUGGACGAGUCCAUGAUGGUGCAGCCGCGGGACCUGUACUGGAGCGUGCUGGGCAUGAUGAACAACCCGUGGUUCAGGGUGGUCGUGCACCGGGACGGCGAGACGGGCGAGCUGCGGUUCGAGCACCCCACGAUACCCAUCCUGAACAGGGACGGGUGGAUGGACCGGGUCAAGAAGGAGGGCGGUGAUCUCACGAAUGGGUACUGGGGCGAGAGGGCGCCGGGCGAGGAGAAGACGGUGGCCGUGGUGGAGCCCGCCAAGGAGAUUGCCAUGGUGAACAAGGACGUCAAGAGGGAGAUCAGCCUGGACGAGCUGAGGGAGCACGAGGGCGAGGAGGAGCCCUGGUUCGUGCUGGACGGCGAGGUGUACGAUGGAACAAGCUUCCUCGGGGGCCACCCCGGAGGCGCAGCUUCCAUCAUCGGCGCGGCAGGGCAGGACGUCAUCGAGGAGUUCAUGGCCAUUCACAGCGAGAACGCAAAAGCAAUGAUGCCGUCCUACCACAUCGGCACCCUCUCCCCAGACUCCAAGAAGAUGCUCGCAGCAGGCGGCCUGCCCCCCGCGCCAGGGUCGACAGCCUCCUCAGAACCCCGGCCCGUCUUCCUCCAGCCCAAGAAGUGGACCAAGGCGCUGCUGGCCAGCAAGACGCCCGUCAGCCCGGACACCAAGAUCUUCACCUUCACGCUGGAGCACCCGGGCCAGGGCGUCGGCCUGCCCACGGGCCAGCACCUGAUGAUGCGGCUGCGCGACCCCGUGAGCCGCGACGCCAUCAUCCGCGCGUACACGCCCCUGUCGGACCCGUGGUCCGAGAAGGGCAGGCUGGACGUGCUGGUCAAGAUCUACCGCGCCAGCGGCAGCACCCCGGGCGGCCUGAUGACGACGGCGCUCGACUCGAUCCCGCUGGGCCACUGGGUCGAGUUCAAGGGCCCCGUCGGCCGCUUCGAGUACCUCGGCGGGGGGCGGUUCUCCGUCUCGGGCAGGGCCCGCCGGAUCCGCCGGUUCGUCAUGGUCUGCGGCGGCAGCGGCGUCACCCCCGUCUUCGCCGUGCUGCGCGCCGUCAUGCGGGACCCGCCCGAGUCGAUGCCCCGCUGCGUCGUGCUCGACGGGAACAGGUCCGAGGCCGACAUCCUGUGCCGGGCCGAGAUGGACGCGCUGGCCGCCGCGGCCGGCCCCGACAAGUGCCGCAUCGUGCACACGCUCGCCAACGCGCCCGAUGGCUGGGCCGGCGGGAGGGGGUUCAUGGGCGCGGAGCUGUUCGAGAGGGAGGCUGGCCCGCCGAGCGGGGCCGGGGAUGAGAUGUUGCUGUUCUGUGGGCCGCCGCCGCUGGAGAGGGUUGUGCGGGAGAGUUUCACCAAGAUGGGGUGGAAGGAGGAGGAUAUGGCCUUCUUCUGA